CUUGCAACCGGUUUGCAUCACUGUACAACUAAGCCUUAUAAGAACGCUCACUCUGAAGAAUCUGGUUAUACUAGAGGCAGGAUCAGUUCAACGCGGAAAUAACCAGCCACGCGCAAUCAAAGCUUCGUGAGAUCAAUACCUCUUGUAACCUUAAUUGUGUUUUUAGAAGAUAAAAAUAUUUUAAACCUUUAUUUUUUUCUUAAAACCAACCUAUAGAAAAUGCAACACACUGGGUAUUUCCAAGUCACAACAAGCUGAACUUAUCUCAAGAUUUUCUGUCAGACUAAGAAAAGGUAGUGAAGUCACGCAGCCACAAGCCCUGUACUCCUUACUCCCCCCACCCCUGCGAUAUGAGCAGAGGUAGAGGAGGGUUCUAUAAUAAACACUAUUUCCGGCAUCCUUCACCCCACGGACAAACCAGAGAGGAUUAUUACCAGUCUGGCCCCAACUCGCUCUACCCGCGGGACCUAUAUCAGAAUUACUACUCUACCCCAAACCGUCCUUCUGCUCCUUUUGGCUUUACCAGUCCCCCAUCACAUUACACUGUAGACCAAAGUUACUCACCAAACUACAACUCCAACCACACUGGUGUUUCUCAGACGUUUCUGCAACAGCAAGUUGAAUUCUUAAGAGGGCAAAGCUCAGAGGCACCAAAGUACAGUCCUACUGGAAGAGGGUCAUCUCUCCCCCUAAAUCAGCAGGAGGCAGGAUCCAGUAGCUUCCCAAAAAGUGGUCAAAGGGGAAGGGGGGGCCAGGGCCAGAGGUUUAGGCACCCUCAAUCCACUCCAGGUCAGGGGCAAGUGUAUCCUAACCAGUUACAAGCUAAUACAAACAACUCUCCAUACCCUAACAGGUCAUGGUCCUCUGCUAUAGACCCCCUGUGUAACACUUUGCAAACACUGUCCGUUCAACACAAACAGCCCAAUGUAAGACAACAGCAGAGAUAUCCUUCAACCAGGAGUUCUGGCAGCAUCAGCAUUACCCUCACCCCAGAUAUCCAAGAGCAGGUAUACAAAGCUUUAGCAGCCUUGAAGCCAGACGAAAGAAUCCCUGCUAAACUGUUGGCUAAAAAGUUACAUCUUCCCAAAAAGAUUGUCAACAAAGCACUGUAUUCAUUGGAACAAUCACAAAAGGCCUACAAGCAGGGUCUUACACCUCCUGAGUGGAGUCUAUACAGGCACAACGAAGAUCAAAAAGUACAGAGUCUUCCCCAUCCACUUUAUAAAAACCCAGAAUACUUUCCAAAAGCUGAAGAGGGUUCUCAGCUUAACAUAAAAAGCACAGAUCCAGAGGAGGAAGAGGACUCCGAUGUCAUUGUUGAAUCAAGUUGUUCUUCUUCCUGUUCCUCAUUAGACUCUGGCGAAGAGUCUCAGUCACAAAGCCAAGAGACAGUCCACAGCACCAGUACAAACUCCACGGAUUUAACAAUGGCAAGGCAAAAAGAGGAAAUUUUGCAAUACCUCCUAGGUGUGAGGGAGGCCACUUCUCUUAGUAUUGCAAAAAAUCUGGGGCUUAGGGGUGCCAAACAGGUCAACCCAACACUUUAUGCUUUGGAAAAACAAGGAGAGGUUGUCAGAAAUGGUGAGGUAAGUCCUCCUACCUGGGAGCUUUCUUCUCACCGUAAAGAAAGAAUGGAGAGAAAUGUCAAAGCCAAAGAAGCUUCUUCAGGUCAGAGUGAACUGCAGGAGCAAAGUUCUACAAAUCAAAGUGGAGGCUGCUCUGCGUUUGUGCCAUCUCUACCUUCAUCAAUACCAGGUCUAGAGCCAUUGCCACGUCAGGAGGGGUCUUCAGAUAAUGGCCAGAGUAAAACAACAUCAGCUUUCACAUUGCCACAGGCUAAAGAGCCCAGUGAAGGGCAGUGGGCAACUGACGACAUCCCAGAGUUCCUCAAUACCAUUCGCAGAGAAACAGACGCCGUGAGGGCCCAUCCUCAGGCCAAUAACAUGGGGAUUGUAGCUGUGUCUUUGGCUGCACCACCUCCACAGAACUUUUUGGGAAAGUUACAAGAAGUUAAACUGAAGAACCCGGUCAGUGGACUCAUGGAAUACGCUCAGUUCAUUGGUGAGAGCUGUGAGUUCCUGCUUCUUGACCAAUCAGGACCAUCGCAUGACCCAAGAUUCCGUAUGCAGGUGAUGCUGAGUGGAAAACUGUUUCCAGUCGCUGAAGCCUCGAGCAAAAAAGUGGCAAAAAAAGACGCUGCUGCAGCUGCUCUGCAAGUGCUGGCUGCUGAGAUCCAGGGUGGGCCUGGCUCAGGGGAAGAGGGAGCCACUGCCAGUGUGGGCCAAGCUACGGGUCUACUUUCAGAUAGUGGGUCUCUUGAAGACAUGCUUGGAGCAGACAAUGAGGAGGGGAUGAGGACAUCUGAUGGGGCUCGGCAGCCCCUGUCCCGCUCACUUCCUGGGGGAAAGAAUCCAGUGUCUGUCUUGAUGGAGUACAGCCAACGCAGCGGCAACUCCAUUGAGUUCAUUGUGACUGGUCAGGCUGGGCCACCGCACGACCCGAGGUUUAUGUACCAGGUGAAGAUUGGAGAGACUGUGUUCCCAGAAGCCUCUGCUCCGAGCAAAAAGGCGGCCCGGCAGCUGGCAGCAGAAGAAGCAGUUAAAGAGUUAAUGGCAGAUGGACGACUGCAGUCCAACAAGCCCCACUUUCCUCUGGGCACUUCUAAUGAUGAGGAAGCCUUUGGGAACCCGUGUCUGCCUCUGCCCCCUCUGACUGCAGAUGCACUGCGAGCGGCCCACGAGGCAGGGGUGGGAGACCUUAUCAACUAUCUCAACAACAAUGCAGUUUCUGGUUUGCUGGAGUAUGCAAGAGCUCGUGGGUUUGCUGCGGAGAUCCGACUUGUGGACCAGUCUGGACCAGCCCAUGAACCAAAGUUCACGUACCAGGCUAAACUUGGUGGGCGCUGGUUUCCUCCCGUCUGUGCUUCCAACAAGAAGCAGGGCAAACAGGAGGCUGCAGAUGCAGCGUUGAGGAUACUGAUUGGAGAGGCUGAGAAAGCAGCACGAACAGGGGAACUCAUCCCUGCAGAGCUUCCAGUGAGUGGCAGCACUUUGCACGACCAAAUAGCCAUGUUGAGUCACCAGCGUUUCAAUGCGUUGACUACACGCAUACAGCACAGCCUUCUGGGACGCAAGAUUCUGGCCACCAUUGUGAUGAGGAGAGGGGAGGGCCUGGGCACUGUUGUCAGCCUGGGAACAGGGAAUCGUUGUGUUAAAGGAGAGGAGCUAAGCCUUAAAGGGGAGACUGUUAAUGACUGCCAUGCAGAAAUCAUCUCCAGAAGGGGGUUUGUCCGGUUUCUGUACAGUGAGCUGCUCAGGCACUUUGAUGGAGCAGACGACAGUAUAUUUGAGCCAGCUGAAGAAAACAAGCUGAGAAUCAAAUCUGACAUCACCUUUCACCUCUACAUCAGCACAGCGCCGUGUGGAGACGGAGCUCUGUUUGACAAAUCCUGCAGUGAAGCAGGGGAUGAAGUGGUGGGUCACCAGCCUCUUUUUGAGAACGCUAAACAGGGCAAGCUACGAACUAAAGUGGAGAAUGGUGAGGGCACCAUCCCUGUGGAGUCAAGUGAUAUUGUGCCCACCUGGGAUGGCAUUCAGCAUGGGGAGAGGUUGCGCACUAUGAGCUGCAGUGAUAAGAUCCUGCGCUGGAACGUGCUAGGGCUGCAGGGGGCGCUGCUGUCUCAUUUUGUUCAUCCUAUCUACUUAAAGUCCAUCAGUCUAGGUUAUUUGUACAGCCAUGGGCACCUGACACGAGCCGUUUGUUGUCGGCUUGCGAGAGAUAGCGAAACACUCGCGAAAAAACUCCCAUCACCAUUUAGGCUCAACCACCCUGAGGUGGGACGAGUGAGUGUGUAUGACUCCACACGACACACAGGCAAGACCAAAGAGUCCAGUGUGAACUGGAGCUUUCCAGAUCAACACUGUGUGGAGGUACUGGAUGGGACCAAAGGCAAACUGGAUGGAAACAAGAUGGCCGUGUCCCGGGUUUGUAAGGCCAACCUCUUCUGCCUCUUUCGCGCUCUUUGUCAGAGAUCUGGGCGCAAUGAUCUCCUCUCCUUAUCUUCGUAUGCUCAGGCCAAGAUGUUGGCCGAGGACUUCCAGAAAGCCAAAAGGCUUUUUUUCCAGGCUCUCAGUGUCCAAGGAUAUGGAGCUUGGAUUGGCAAACCAAUGGAGGAAAAGAGUUUUGAGUUGGGAACUUGGAAUAGCAUGACAAACUGUCCCAGUGGGAACAAUGGAAAUGACAACGGGAGUCUAAUGGAGAUCAAGGCACACGAUGUGGAGAUGAAGGUACAUGGGUACGGGCCCCCAGAACUCACACUAACAAUGGCAAGUCCGAAAGAGGGAAUUUUGCAAUACCUCCUAGGUGUGGGCGAGGCCACUUCUCUUAGUAUUGCAAAAAAUCUGGGGCUUAGGGGUGCCAAACAGGUCAACCCAACACUUUAUGCUUUGGAAAAACAAGGAGAAGUUGUCAGAAAUGUUGAGGCAAGUCCUCCUACCUGGGAGCUUUCUUCUCACCGUAAAGAAAGAAUGGAGAGAAAUGUCAAAGCCAAAGAAGUCUCUUCAGGUCAGAGUGCUACAAAUGCAAAUGAAGGCUGCUCUGUGUUUGUGCCAUCUCCAACUUCAUCAAUACCAGGUCUAGAGCCAUUGCCACGUCAGGAGGGGUCUUCAGACAAUGGCCAGAGUGAAACAACAUCAGCUUUCACAUUGCCACAGGCUAAAGAGCCCAGUGAAGGGCAGUGGGCAACUGACGACAUCCCAGAGUUCCUCAAUACCAUUCGCAGAGAAACAGACGCCGUGAGGGCCCAUCCUCAGGCCAAUAACAUGGGGAUUGUAGCUGUGUCUUUGGCUGCACCACCUCCACAGAACUUUUUGGGAAAGUUACAAGAAGUUAAACUGAAGAACCCGGUCAGUGGACUCAUGGAAUACGCUCAGUUCAUUGGUGAGAGCUGUGAGUUCCUGCUUCUUGACCAAUCAGGACCAUCGCAUGACCCAAGAUUCCGUAUGCAGGUGAUGCUGAGUGGAAAACUGUUUCCAGUCGCUGAAGCCUCGAGCAAAAAAGUGGCAAAAAAAGACGCUGCUGCAGCUGCUCUACGAGUGCUGGCUGCUGAGAUCCAGGGUGGGCCUGGCUCAGGGGAAGAGGGAGCCACUGCCAGUGUGGGCCAAGCUACGGGUCUACUUUCAGAUAGUGGGUCUCUUGAAGACAUGCUUAGAGCAGACAAUGAGGAGGGGAUGAGGACAUCUGAUGGGGCUCGGCAGCCCCUGUCCCGCUCACUUCCUGGGGGAAAGAAUCCAGUGUCUGUCUUGAUGGAGUACAGCCAACGCAGCGGCAACUCCAUUGAGUUCAUUGUGACUGGUCAGGCUGGGCCACCGCACGACCCGAGGUUUAUGUACCAGGUGAAGAUUGGAGAGACUCUGUUCCCAGAAGCCUCUGCUCCGAGCAAAAAGGCGGCCCGGCAGCUGGCAGCAGAAGAAGCAGUUAAAGAGUUAAUGGCAGAUGGACGACUACAGUCCAACAAGCCCCACUUUCCUCUGGGCACUUCUAAUGAUGAGGAAGCCUUUGGGAACCCGUGUCUGCCUCUGCCCCCUCUGACUGCAGAUGCACUGCGAGCGGCCCACGAGGCAGGGGUGGGAGACCUUAUCAACUAUCUCAACAACAAUGCAGUUUCUGGUUUGCUGGAGUAUGCAAGAGCUCGUGGGUUUGCUGCGGAGAUCCGACUUGUGGACCAGUCUGGACCAGCCCAUGAACCAAAGUUCACGUACCAGGCUAAACUUGGUGGGCGCUGGUUUCCUCCCGUCUGUGCUUCCAACAAGAAGCAGGGCAAACAGGAGGCUGCAGAUGCAGCGUUGAGGAUACUGAUUGGAGAGGCUGAGAAAGCAGCACGAACAGGGGAACUCAUCCCUGCAGAGCUUCCAGUGAGUGGCAGCACUUUGCACGACCAAAUAGCCAUGUUGAGUCACCAGCGUUUCAAUGCGUUGACUACACGCAUACAGCACAGCCUUCUGGGACGCAAGAUUCUGGCCACCAUUGUGAUGAGGAGAGGGGAGGGCCUGGGCACUGUUGUCAGCCUGGGAACAGGGAAUCGUUGUGUUAAAGGAGAGGAGCUAAGCCUUAAAGGGGAGACUGUUAAUGACUGCCAUGCAGAAAUCAUCUCCAGAAGGGGGUUUGUCCGGUUUCUGUACAGUGAGCUGCUCAGGCACUUUGAUGGAGCAGACGACAGUAUAUUUGAGCCAGCUGAAGAAAACAAGCUGAGAAUCAAAUCUGACAUCACCUUUCACCUCUACAUCAGCACAGCGCCGUGUGGAGACGGAGCUCUGUUUGACAAAUCCUGCAGUGAAGCAGGGGAUGAAGUGGUGGGUCACCAGCCUCUUUUUGAGAACGCUAAACAGGGCAAGCUACGAACUAAAGUGGAGAAUGGUGAGGGCACCAUCCCUGUGGAGUCAAGUGAUAUUGUGCCCACCUGGGAUGGCAUUCAGCAUGGGGAGAGGUUGCGCACUAUGAGCUGCAGUGAUAAGAUCCUGCGCUGGAACGUGCUAGGGCUGCAGGGGGCGCUGCUGUCUCAUUUUGUUCAUCCUAUCUACUUAAAGUCCAUCAGUCUAGGUUAUUUGUACAGCCAUGGGCACCUGACACGAGCCGUUUGUUGUCGGCUUGCGAGAGAUAGCGAAACACUCGCGAAAAAACUCCCAUCACCAUUUAGGCUCAACCACCCUGAGGUGGGACGAGUGAGUGUGUAUGACUCCACACGACACACAGGCAAGACCAAAGAGUCCAGUGUGAACUGGAGCUUUCCAGAUCAACACUGUGUGGAGGUACUGGAUGGGACCAAAGGCAAACUGGAUGGAAACAAGAUGGCCGUGUCCCGGGUUUGUAAGACCAACCUCUUCUGCCUCUUUCGCGCUCUUUGUCAGAGAUCUGGGCGCAAUGAUCUCCUCUCCUUAUCUUCGUACGCUCAGGCCAAGAUGUUGGCCGAGGACUUCCAGAAAGCCAAAAGGCUAUUUUUCCAGGCUCUCAGUGUCCAAGGAUAUGGAGCUUGGAUUGGCAAACCAAUGGAGGAAAAGAGUUUUGAGGUGGGAACUUGGAAUAGCAUGACAAACUGUCCCAGUGGGAACAAUGGAAAUAACAACAGGAGUGUGAUGGAGAUCAAGGCACAGGAGGCCUAGGAUGCUCAUUUUUAA